AUGAAAUUAGACAAUAACGUAGUCGCAUUAGUAACAGGAGGAGCAAGUGGUUUAGGAAAAGCCACAGUAGUAAAUUUAUUAAGUAAAAACGUCCGUGUAUUUAUUGCAGAUAUGAAUGAAAAGGAUGGAAACGAUUUAGUACAAGAAUAUGGACAUGAAAGAUGCUAAUUUUAAAAAACUGACGUAUCUGAUGAAAAUCAAGUUAAAAGUAUGAUUAAUGCAUGUGUAGAAGCAUUUGGAGCUAUACAUUUUCUUUUAAAUUCAGCAGGUGUAAUAUCUGCUGGAUUAUUAGUAGCUGGAAAAGUAAAAAUAAUAUUUUAGAAUUUUUUUAAAUAAAAAAUAAAUAAAUAAAAGAAUCAAGAUAAAACAAUAAACACUGCAGAACUAGAAAGAGUUUUAAAAAUUAACGUAGUCGGAACUUUUAACGUAUCAAAGUACGUCGCUAUGUAAAUGGUUAAAUAAAAUUACAUAAAUUAAGAAUUCAAAGAAAGAGGAGUAAUUAUAAAUGUAGCUUCAGUCGCAGGAAUAGAAGGCUAAAGAGGAUAAACUGUUUAUUCAGCUUCUAAAGGAGCAAUUAUAGGAAUGACAUUACCUAUGGCUAGAGAAUUAGGAUCAUAUGGAAUUAGAGUUUGCACUAUUGCUCCAGGUAUAUUUGAAACACCAAUGGGAAAUCGAAUUACCGAAUAAUAUAUUAUUGGUUUGAAAAAAGCUAGUGCUUUAGGAAGAAUCGGUUAGCCAAAAGAAUUUGCUGAUGCUAUUUGUGGAUUAGCUAUUAAUUCUUUUGUAACAGGAUCUGUAUUUAGAAUUGAUGGAGGUAUUAGACUUCCUCAUAUGUGAUUUUUUAA